UCUUUCUUUUUCUUCUUCUUAUUAUUGUCUUGGUUUGAUGAUUUUAUGGUGUCUUUUUUCUUUAUCACCCUCCACUGGGAAUUUCAAUUUUCUUUGUCGAUUAUGCAAACCCAAAUAAACCUCUUCUUUUCUUAAUUCGUCAUUUUUGUUUUUACAUGUUUUUGCCAAUUCUUGCUUGUUUUUGUUGAAGGUUGGAUCUUUCUUUUCAAUAUUGAAUCUUUAUUAUUAAUUGGCCGGUGAAGUGAAGUUUGUUGCUGGGAAGAGUUUGAAUUUACUGUCUUUGGUGGUCAAAGUUGUACCAGUAAUUGCUUCUCUGAUACUCCUCUGUGUCCAAUCAGAAUUUUACCAUGACAUGCAAGAUUGACAAGAAAUACUGGAGAACUAUAAAAUUAUGAUAAGAAAUAAAUCUAUUAUCAACUUAUGAUUAGUUAAUGGUAGACAUUUUGGUUGUUAUAUUAACUAGCUAAUUUGCCUUAAAAUUGUUUUUUCAUAACACUUGACUGAAUAGUCUGUUUGAACUUUGAAGGACAUCAAAAUCUUGGAUGUAGUUGGAACUGGAGCGGGAAAACACAUAGCUUGCAGGAUUUGGAGGACUUAGGACUAACUAACUAUAGGAUAGAUCUCAGAAAUCACCUUGUGGCACUUCACCUUCUAUACCUUGGAUAAUUGAGGUUAUUGAGUGCAGCAAAUGCUGUCAGGUUCACCGACUCAAGGAAUGUUUUCAAAUUCAAGGAUUGGAAACAGUGAAUCUCCCAAUAGUGGGGCCUCUUCUUCUUUUACCCAGCCUAUUGUAGACAUGAGUGAAAAUGAUGAAACAGAAUUGCUCUCAAUAACAUGGAAUCAGGACUAUCGUUGCUUUGCUGCUGGAACAAAUCAUGGUUUUCGGAUUUAUAAUUGUAAACCUUGCAAAGAAACUUUCAGACGUGAUAUGAAAGUUGGUGGUUUUAAAAUUGUAGAGAUGCUAUUUCACUGCAAUAUUCUAGCACUUGUUGGUGCUGUAACUAAUUCACACUACCCACCAAAUAAAGUUUUGAUAUGGGAUGAUUAUCAGAGUAGGAGCAUGUGUGAAUUCACAUUUAGAUCUGAAGUUCGAGGAGUGAAAUUAAGACGUGAUCGAAUUGCAGUUGUUCUUGAACACAAGAUAUAUGUUUAUAGCUUUACAGAUUUGAAGCUUCUUCAUGAGAUUGAGACUCUGGCAAAUCCUAGAGGGCUGUGCUGUCUUUCACACCAUUCAAAUACAUUUGUUUUGGUUUGUCCAGGUUUAAACAAAGGACAGGUUCGAGUUGAACAUUUUGGACUGAACGUGACAAAAUUAAUCAGUGCUCAUGAUUCUCAAAUUGCAUGUUUCACUCUGACAUUGGACGGACUCCUUCUUGCAACUGCUAGUAUAACGGGCACUUUAAUUAGAAUCUUCAAUACAAUGGAUGGAACUCAAUUACAAGAAGUAAGAAGAGGUGCAGAUAGAGCUGAAAUCAACAGUAUAGCCUUUUCUCCAAAUGUUCAGUGGUUGGCAGCAUCAAGUGACAAAGGCACUGUUCAUGUAUUCAGCUUGAGAGUAAGAGUGUCUGGGGAGGACAGUUUGACUCAGCCAAAUGUUGCUCAAGGUCCUGCACUGUUUCAUCAGAAUUCUUCUACUUCUUUGGAUCCCUUGAUUUCAACAAAUACUGGCGCCAACCCCAAUUCUACGUUUUCUUUCAUGAGAGGUAUCAAAGGACUUUUACCAAAAUAUUUUAGCUCAGAGUGGUCAUUUGCACAGUUCCGUUUGCCCCAGAGCACCCGUUUAAUUGUGGCUUUUGGAUCUGAGAACGAUGUCAUAAUUGUUGGCAUGAAUGGGAGUUUCUACAGAUGCAGCUUUGAUAUAGUUCAUGGGGGAGAUAUGAUGCAGAAGGAGUAUGUUCGUUUCCUAAAAUAAGCGAUAAACAAUUUCUAGUUUCUCAACAUCUUUGUCAAGCAUCUACAACUCUCGUCAAGCGCUGUAAAUAUAUUCCAGCACCAAACAAUAAACUGUUCACAUCAUGUGUGAAAAUGAUUCCCCGGUAUUGGAGGAUCUGGAGAUACAUUGUUGAAUACCUUGUAUAUUUUGAGGAACAAAUUAGAUUGAAAAGGAGAAAUACCAAGCAGCAGCUGCAUCACAAAUAAAUCACUUGCUGGAUAUCUCUUUUAUAUCAUAGUGGGUACAUUACAUUCACAUCAUGUGUAUCAGCUCAGGUUGUGCUUGGAACUCCUCAGUGGUAUUCCAUUUACUCGGACACAGAAACUAAAAACUUCUACUAUCAUUCCUUUUAGGUCUGAGAAAACAUACACAGAAACUGAAAACUUCUACUAUCAUUCCUUUUGUACAGUAUCAAAGUAACAUGAUUAGGUUAAAUCA